AUGUCCCUACCCGAAGAGGAGGCGGGGCCUCGCGUCCCUUCGGCCGAACGGCUUCGCAGGACCCGGAUCCGGAAGCGUCAAGGGGAGCCACGUGGGUGGAGAGCGAGGAUGGAGCGGGAGCAGAAGCGGUUCGAGUCCGGCGAGCUCCCCGCGCUGCGCCGGAUUGUCUGCGAGCAGGGGCUCCUGUCCCGUCCCGACGGCUCCGCGUCCUGGAUGCAGGGGGACACAUCCGUGUUAGUGGGUGUCUAUGGACCGACGGAAGUCAAGGUCAGCAAGGAGAUCUAUGACAAAGCUACCUUUGAAGUGAUGCUGAAGCCCAAAAUUGGGCUACCAGGGGUCUACGAGAGAAGCCGGGAACAGAUGAUCAAGAAGACAUGCGAGGCGGCCGUCUUGGGGACCCUGCAUCCCCGUUCCUCCAUCACGAUAGUGCUUCAGGUAGUCACAGACGGCGGUUCUCUGCUGUCUACCUCCUUGAAUGCGACUUGCGUGGGCCUAAUGGAUGCGGGCCUUCCCCUGAAUUCCUUGUUCUCCGGCGUGACGUGCGCCUUGGACGCAGACGGUAAUCUCACCCUGGACCCCACGGCCAAGCAAGAGAAGGAAGCCCGAGCCGUCUUGACGUUUGCUAUCGACAGCACUGAGAAGAAGGUGUUGAUGUCCAGCACGAAGGGGACUUGCUCUGUGGAAGAG